UUGAAUUUUUUUUUGCUUUUUCUAGGAAGCAUUCUGCAACCACAAAAAACGAGCGCCUGUAUGUUAUUGCUACACCAAAAACCAUAGGCAAAAAAAACAACCCAACUGCCACGAGGUCUAAGCAGGUCCUGAAGAGCAGGGACUCCAUUUACACACCUCUCACAUUUUAGCCUAAAAAAAAAACAGCGACAGAUGGCUCACUACAUCUCGCCCAAGAAGGGCAAAUCCUUGGCUUCCAAGAAGAACCCAGCCAAGGAUUCACUGGGUCUUCCCACGGAUUCCAUUGCCCCCGGUCAACUCUCCUCCGACUCGAGCAGCCUAGAAAUUACCAACGAGUACCGCGCUUCCGGCGAAUUAAGUUUCACGAAAGAACGCCUUCUUCUGAACGCCAUCAACAGAUCCCUAAACACCAUUCUCCCUCCACCACCACCGCCGCCAACACUACCCACCACCACCACCGACAACAAGAGCAAGAAGCUUCAAAACAAAAGCCAAAAGACCAUGGCUCUGGCAAGCUUCGCUGAAGAGGGUCGAACCAGCAAUUUGUGGGACUUUAACGAGUUAGAAGUGGACACUUUGCCGGAUCCGGAGAUAGCAGCCAUGCCGAUUGAAAGCCAGGAGAAUGAGUUGCUCUCCCAGCUGCUGUAUUGCUUCACGGGCAUCCGAGUGUCCUUCAUUGUGCCCAUACCUUCGGAUCCCGACGAUAGUUUGGCCAAGUACAAAACGGAAUUCAUGAUUCACAAAGGGGUUGACACUUCCCUGGCGGAGCUGAUGCGUCAAGCCUUGCCCCUGGCCUCGCACUUUGUUGGCAUUCAAAAAAUGAUGGCCGACAUGGAGGGCCAGGGGCAGGUGAUUAAUGCCUUGAAUGCAGCCCUGCUGGAUGUUAGUCAGGAUUUCUAUCACCUGAUCAACCAGACGGACGAUGAGCUGGCCAGGAAUCAAUUGACCAUGCAGAAGCUGGUCUAUUACAUGCGGCCAACGAUUGUGAUGAUGCAGGAGAUCUGGACCACGCUGUUGGGCCUGAGGAAGGCUGAGCUGCGUGGCGCUGGUGUGCUAACGCAUCUGCACGGUCGCAUCAAGCGACUGGAGGGAGACUCCGAAAUUCAGGCCGUAAUUAUUGGAUUGAUGCGCAAGGCAGCCGAGCCGUACAUGCGUAUGCUGCAGCUGUGGAUCCAAAAGGGUGUGAUCGUGGACCGCCAGCAGGAGUUCCUGGUGGUGGAUUCCGAGGGGGAGCAUUGCAGCCAGAAGCUGGAUCAUGAUUCGGAUGUUUAUUGGGCGAAGCGUUAUACUCUCAGGAAGGAGAAUACGCCCUCGUUUCUUGAGAAAUAUUCCGAGAAAAUUCUGCGCACUGGCAAGUACCUGAACGUGGUGCGUCAGUGUGGCAAGCGGGUGAUGCCCACCCAGCAGAUGCAUCUGGAAUUCGAUCCAAUCAGCGACCAGAAGCAUGUUUCAGUGAUAAACGAAGCCUACUACUUUUCGGCCCGCAUGCUGAUGGACGUCCUGCUGACGGAGAACGAUUUGAUGGGUCAUUUGCAGUCGGUGAAGCGAUAUUUGCUGCUCAGUCAGGGUGAUUUCACCAUGCAAUUCAUGGACGCCUGCGAGGAUGAGCUGGCCAAGAAUGUGGACUUUGUGGUGCCGCUAACGCUGAAGAAUCUACUGGGCAUGACCCUGCGCAUCUCCUCAGCCCGCGAUGAUCCCCACAUGGAUCACCUGCAGUGCGAGCUGUUGCCCUACGAUUUGGUCACCCAAAUGUCCAAGAUAAUGGACAAAAAGGAGACCAACUGGAUGAUGCUGGAUGCCUUGGAUUUGACUGGACUCGAAUGCUUUGCCUUUUCCUACCAGGUCAACUGGCCAGUGUCUUUGGUGCUCAAUCACUUGGCCAUUUUCAAGUACCAAAUGCUCUUCCGUCAGCUGUUCCACUGCAAGCAUGUGGAGCGUCAGCUUUGCAAAAUAUGGAAGGAGAACUCCAAUGCCAAGAAGGCUUCUAUCAAGGGAUCAACACAGCUGUUCCGUUCGGCAUUCGCUCUGCGCCAGCGCAUGCUGAAUGCCAUCCAAAAUCUCGAAUACUACAUGAUGAUCGAAAUUAUUGAGCCCAACUGGUAUAUAUUCAUCAAGAAGAUGCAGGCGGUGGAGAACGUUGACAAUGUGCUGCAGCUCCACGAGGACUUUAUCGAUUCGUGCCUCAAGAACUGCAUGCUAUCGGAGUCUUCCCAUCUGAAUCGCGCCAUAUUCGAGAUGUGCAAGGUGUGUCUCAAGUUCUGUGAGUUCAUUCAGCUGGGGAACUUCCACAAACCAGCUAAUAAUUUCUCGGAUCGGGUGAAAGGAUUCGAUUCCGAGUUUACCGGGAGUCUGGUUUCGUUUUUGAAGCAGAUCCAAGCCAUGGCCAAAGAGAACACGGCCGAGCGAUUCAUGAAUCUCGUUUACCGCAUCAACUUUAACGGAUACUACACGGAUUCUAUGCAAGGGGUAAGCAAGAAGGAUGCAUGAAGGAUGUCAUGGUCUUGCAAGGAGAAGGAGGAGGUGCAGAAAACGUAGGCUACCAAGUAUUAUGAUAAUCUAAUUUUAUAAAUGUCACCAUCAUUCACGCAUGUCUCCAUUUUCCACAAUCUCUAGUCGACUU